GUAUGAAAAGAAUUGGAACCACUGCCUUACCCUUGCAUGAUCGUAAGAGGUGACUAAUAGGGUCUUGACACUUGGUUUUGCUGUAACUCUGUGAUUCCAGCAAAUAUGCAAAUUUUGAUUCCAUACCUCAUGUUUUUAUUUUUCGAUGUAAAUGAGAUGUGAAACCAAAAUUUGUAGUCCUGUUUGGUGCCAUAUAAUCUAUACUGUGUUGGUGCACUGUAAAACCCAAAUAAAUAAAUAAAUUGGGCUCAAGUGGCACUCUUUUGUGUCCACAUCCCCUGGAUUUGUGUCUGAAUCUGCACAUACAUGCACACCACCUAGAUCUGUGAUUGAAUUUGCACACCUCCUAGAUCGGUGAUUGAAUCUGUAGAUCCUAAGGGGCCUCCGUGGCCGAGUGGUUAAGGUUGCUGACUUAAAUUCACUUGCCCCUCAUCGAUGUGGGUUCGAGCCUCACUCAGGACGUUGAAUUCUUCAUGUGAGGAAGCCGUUCAGCUGGCUUACGGAAGGUCGGUGGUUCUACCCAGGUGCCCGCUUGUGAUGAAAUAAUGCACGGAGGGGCACCUGGGUCUUCCUCCACAAUUAAAGCUGGAAAGUCGCCAUAUGACCUAUCAUGUGUCAGUGCGACGUUAAAUCAAAAAAAAAAAAAAAAAAAAAAAAGAAGAAAAAAAAAAAGAAUCUGUAGAUCCACCUAGAUCUGUGAUUGAAUCUGUAGAUCCACCUAGAUCUGUGAUUGAAUCUGUACAUCCACCUAGAUCUGUGAUUGAGUCUGCACACCACCUAGAUCUGUGAUUGAAUCUGUACAUCCACCUAGAUCUGUGAUUGAACCUGCACACCACCUAGAUCUGUGAUUGAACCUGCACACCACCUAGAUCUGUGAUUGAAUCUGCACACCACCUAGAUCUGUGAUUGAAUCUGCACACCACCUAGAUCUGUGACUGAAUCUGCACAUCCAUGGGGCUCUGACUAAAUGUGCAUACCCAGUUAGUCUAUGACUGAAUGUAUGUUGUUAUAUUUGACCUAUAUGAUAGCUGUUUUCACGUCACUCAAAUUCAGCCAGUUUACAGUACACAUUGGAAAUGCAUGUAACUACCGUAUAUAAGGAAUACUAACAAUGGAAUAUUCAGACAGAAUUUUUGACUGGGUUGUACCACUCCUGCUUCUGUUUUUGCCUUUCCGUGGAAUUCAAGGUUUACGAUGUCAUGAGUGUACAGGAGUAACAGACCCUCACCAUUGUUCUAUGGUUGUACAUUGUGCUGCUGAUGAGAAAUGUCAUACAGAGAAAGUGAUAGGGGAGAACUCCGCUGUAUUUUAUAACCUGGGAUGUCAGAAAAUUCAGUUAUGUCACUUGGCAGCAAAUGGCAAGAGAAGUGAUGUAGAUGUAUGUCAAGGUUGUUGUGGUACUGACCUGUGUAAUGCUGAACUGUGGUGUCCAGCUAGUAACAGUAAGUAG